UUUCGCUGGACUUUUUAUCCUUCUUUCUCGUCGUCCCUUUCUCUCUAUCUCCUCCGCCGUUCAAAAGGGAAACUUCGAUCGAAGAACUUCCGAGAUGGCGACUGGAUUAGAUAUGUCUCUCGACGACAUGAUCGCCAAGAACCGUAAGUCCCGUGGAUCAGGCCCCGCCCGUGGAUCUGGAUCCGGAUCCGGGCCGGGUCCAACUCGCCGCAACAACGCUAAUCGGAAAUCCAACCGAUCUGCUCCAUACCAAUCGGCCAAGGCGCCGGAGUCCACCUGGGAACACGACAUGUACUCCGAUAGGUCAGAAGCUUUCCCUCCCCGAUCCAGCCGUUCUUCCGCUGGAAUCGAAACUGGAACGAAGCUCUACAUAUCCAAUUUGGAUUACGGGGUCAUGAACGAAGACAUCAAGGAACUGUUUGCUGAAGUCGGCGAGCUUAAACGCUACACAGUCCAUUUUGACAGGAGUGGAAGAUCAAAGGGAACUGCUGAAGUAGUGUUCACUCGGCGUGGCGAUGCACUCGCAGCUGUGAAGAAGUACAACGAUGUUCAGCUGGAUGGAAAACCAAUGAAGAUAGAGAUUUUGGGGGGCAAUCUUCAAACUGCUAGACCCGGAAAUUCAAACUUUAAUGGUUCAAGACGAGGAGGUCAAGGGAGAGGUGGUCAACAGCGUAGUGGUGGUCGUGGUGGAGGUCGUGGGGGUGGCCGAGGUGGUGGUCGUGGAGGGCGUCCUGGUAAGGGACCUGCAGAGAAGAUAUCUGCUGAGGAUCUUGAUGCAGAUCUUGAUAAGUACCACGCGGGAGAUAUGGAGACCAACUGAGGAAUGUGACUGCUCUUCUCGAACCGCAAGAUGCAGAGAAGCUAUAGAAAACUUUUGCCAGAGGCUUUGUCACUUAGCCUCAUGGCCGUGUGUUGUUUAUUUGUUUCAUUAGAAUGACUCUUUAGAUUCUGCGGAUCUUACGUUUAAAGCUUGGAAUUGUUCUCUAGCUUAAUACCCUCGAGUAAAAGGCAGAGGAAGGAUCAUUUAGUUAGGUUUGGUUACAAGACUCCGUUUAUGAUCGUUUAGUUGUAUUUUAUCUCUUAUGGGAAAAAGUUAUUCAAGUCAUGCCCUUUACUUUUAUUAUUAA